UCGAACAGACUACGGGAAAUGGCACGAGAAUCUCUUUGCGUUUUGUUUUCUUUCUGUGGUUUCCUCCUGUCCAAAGUUAUAGGCCAAACAGAAGCUGAUUUCCGAACAUUGGCAUCCUGAGCGCGGCGGAGUAUCACCAGAGACGCUGAACUUGAUUGCAGUAGCAGUUAUGGAGAGAAUUAAUUUGCAACAACUUCUUUCAGGCAUACAUACUAACUGGACAUCGAUAUUUGCAGCCGCAUCUUGCGGUGCAGGUGCAUUCUUUCUCUUCGUAAAAUGGAUAAAUAAGCAGAAGAUUAAGAAGAAAAUACUGAACGCACGGAAAAGACGAGAUAAGUCCUUUCAACAAGCCGAACAAGCUGUGCAACAAUUUAAAAUUACGAACCCUGAUUUUGAGAAGAGCUCAAUAGUCUCUUUGUCUUUGCCUGACCUCAUUCAGAAACUGAAGGAAGGAUCCCUACAGCCAGAUGCAGUGCUUCAUGCAUUUAUGGAAAAGGCUUUGGAGGUGAACAAUAAACUGAACUGCAACACUGUGAUGCUGAUGGACUCUGUAGAUCAACUGAGGGACGUCAACACGUACAAAAAAGGACUUCUAUAUGGAGUACCAAUAAGCAUCAAGGACAACCUCGGAUAUAAAGGUCAUGACUCUUCAUGUGGCGUGUUGUCUAAGUUGGAUCAGCCUGCGGUUAUGGACAGUGUGGUCGUUGCGGUGCUGAAGAGGCAGGGUGCGGUCCCGUUUGUCAAAACGAAUGUGCCACAAGGUCUUCUCAAUUACGACUGCAGUAACCCCAUUUAUGGGCAAAGCCGGAACCCCUUUAACCUUCAGAAGACCUGUGGUGGUUCGUCCGGAGGGGAGGGUGCUCUGAUUGGUGGAGGCGGGUCCAUCCUGGGUCUGGGCACUGAUAUUGGCGGGAGCAUUCGCAUCCCUUCAGCCUUCUGUGGGAUCUGUGGAUUUAAGCCCACAUCAAACAGGAUAAGUUUACGUGGAGCCAGUUCUUGCAAUAAAGGCCAGAAUGCAGUGUUUUCAUCUCUUGGCCCGAUGGCGAGAGAUGUUGAGAGUUUGGCACUGUGUAUGCGGGCACUGCUCUGUCAGGACAUGUUUACCUUGGACCCCACCGUCCCCCCCAUACCAUUCAACCAAGAGGUGUACGAGUGCUCAGAGCCCCUGAGAAUUGGUUACUAUGAGAACGACGGUAACCUGCUGCCAUCUCCGAGCAUGGCCAGGGCCUUCAGGGAAACCAAGGACCUCCUAGAGAGAGCGGGACACACGCUGGUUCCGUUCAAACCGCCGCGGCUCUUCUUUGCCAUCACUGAACUGGCUUUUAGAGGGGUCAUGGCCGAUGGAGCUGCUACCCUCCUGAGUCAUCUGGAGGGAGGACCCAUUGACCCAUGCCUCCAUCCUCAGGUUGUCCUGUACCGUCUUCCGGGUUUCGUAAAGAAGAUUCUUUCUGUUUUUCUCAAGCCUUUUUAUCCACGGAUGUCUGUGUGCAUGGAUGCAAUUUGUGGAGUAGGGUCCAUACCAGAAUUAUGGAAGCAACAUACAAAAAUUGAGGAAUAUAUUCAUGAGGUGCUGGCAGAAUGGAGAAGAUUGAAUGUGGACGUUGUGCUUUGCCCGAUGUUUGGACCAGCCUACAAUUUCUCAUACUGCGGCAAACUCUCCAGUGCUCUCAGUUAUACGGCCCUAUACAACCUGCUGAACUUCCCUGCAGGGGUCGUGCCCGUCUCCACGGUAACGGAAGAGGAUGAAGCACAACUCUGUCAGUACAAGGGCAACUUUGUUGAUGUGUGGGACAAACUUUUUGUUAAGGCAGUGCAGGGUGGCGUAGAUCUGCCUGUGGCCGUGCAGUGUGUGUCUUUGCCGUGGCAGGAUGAAAUGUGUCUGCGCUUUAUGAGAGAAGUUGAACAACUCACAGCCAAGAACAAACUCUCCAGGCCACAUUAAUGACGGAACACAUACGAGAUCUAAUAUGCCAUUCGUUUGUGUAUUGAUUAAGCAUUUGGGCUGCAAAUACUACGCUUGCUGGUUUAAUCCCAAACCAGUUAUAAACUGAUGAGUUGCUCCUUUGGGAUUGUUAGAAGACUAGAUAUAUAACUGCCAUCUUUUGAUAUAAGAAACAUGUGUGUGUGCCUACAGUAAUAUUAUUAUGACAUCUUUACAUUGAUCAUAAUUUAGAAUGUAAUGUAAGAAGUCAAAACGUUAUAAUUGCCCCGUUACGGGGUUCAUUAUAACCGUGUUUGGGAGCAAGUGAAAAAUAUUAACCAGUGUCAGAAAUUAACUCCUGCAUUAAGGUGCAAUAUUUGCCCCUUGGAUUUUUGGAUUUAUUGGCAUAUAAUCCAAAAAGGGAUGCUGAAUUCAACUGAUUUUAGUAAUAGACCUACUUUUGUCUGUGUGAAAAUAAAAUGAUGCUGCCACCUUUCUAAGUUAUUUUUUAUUAAUUACCUGUCGUUUUGCUCCAAACCCAUAGGUGAAAAUUGCCAUUUUUGUCCACUCUAAAAAAAAAUAAAAAAAUAAUCCACAUAAUGGAUUAGUACAUUUUUUUGUUUUUUUUGGUUAUGUUGACAUGUAAUAACCAAAUUUUGCAAUAACAGGUACAGGUUGAUAAACUGACAUACUGUUGUCUCUCAAACACAACCCUCACUGGAACUCAACAAGUAUGUCUGAUGAUGCAUGUACAGCUGGAUAAGUGGAUAACGAUGAUUUUUCAAGAUUUCUGCGAUUCAACAGUCAAGUUUUGGCGGCUUUCAUGCUCUCAUUCCACAAACAGGAAGUAUAGCCGCUGGACAAGAUUCUCUUUUCUCCUGCACCAUUCUGCUGCUUUGAUUCUUUUCUUUCUGUGUCUCUUUUUGCUCAAGACCCCCCAAAACGUCACAAACCCCCACCUCGCUUCUGCUACGUUUGAGUUUUCCUUUCUCUCCUUCCUUGACAAGCUUGCCCCGAGGUCCUUAUAGCCAAAUUGGUUUACAUUGGGAAGAUAAAUACUGUGCAAAUGUGCUUAAACACAUACAGUAAAAAUGCAGUCAGCGCGUAUCAGGAUUACAGACCAAGUCAGAGGCGGAAAAGAGAGCUGCUGCACGCUGAGUCUGUCUCAUCCACUUUCAGGAAGAGCAGAGGAGGAUUUAGCAUAUCCUUGCUUGUCAGUAAUUCCUGGAAUUAUAUAACUCCACAGCAACAAUAAAAGUCCAGCGGUAUUGUGAAACUAUUGUUUUGCAGAGUGAGCUGUCGGACGGGGUCAGAUGGAAGGUGUGCAGCUUUGCAGAGUUUUCAUGUGAGGAUUCUCUAGAGUGGAAUUAUGGGAAAUCAGGUUUAAAUCUCGGAUGUGAGGAAUGAAUUUCUGCUGAGUGGUUUCUCCUCUUGUCUUAGCGCUGAGAGUAUUCCUUUGAUGUGUUUAAAGUUUCAUGUCACUCGUGGCUGUUUUUGAAGGAUGCGGCAGCACAAACUUCACUGGACCUGACAGCAAACCCGCAGCUCGCAAGUAAAAGUGCAGCAAGGCACACAAGGAGCAUUUACAUCAUAAAGACACAGCAGCAAAAACACAGAUGGGCAACACCUUGUUUUCUUUUUGAUCCGCUGUCAUGUACUGCAAAGGCCAAUAUCGCUGAUAUUGAUGUGCAAGGAUAGUCGAUAUUCGGUAAAUAUAGUGGAACAUUAAAUUAUGUCCCUGAUGAUCAGAGUUGUAGCCGUCUUAUGAAACUAAAAUUGGUGAGAUUUGUGUUAAACUAUCUAAAGGUCAUGGUUUAUUUUUUAAUUAUUACUAUUAUGUUUAAGUUGGAGAGGAUAAAAUGUUCGGAUUUGGUAUAUGAUGAUAUAUUUUUUUGACCAUUUCAUUAUUUUGAAUAUACUUCUGUUUCGUUUGAAGUGUAAUUUAAAUUUAGAAAUCUAUUUUGGUUUAAUUUUUUCAUGUUUCAAUAAAUUCAUUUAAUUGUUCAAAAUCAACCGGUAGAAGUGAAGUGCGAGCCGAAACAAUCACUGUUAAUACUAGCCACGAUUUGUGUGUCCAUAGAUUAAAAUAAUUAAUAAUACUUACAUUCUCUGUAAUAUAAUGGAGUGUGCAUCCAAAUCCUGACGAGAAUAACAUUUUCUAAUCCUUUUAAAAGGAGUAUGUCAGUGUAUUAUAUUCUAUUAUUGUAAUUCAUUGCAUACAGUCCAUUUACACUACCAACUUCUUAUGAAUGUGCUUUUUGUCUAUAUCUCUGGUGCUUGAAGGAAUGGACUAUAUAAUAGGACGCAGAUGGUGCACUAACCGGAGAAGAACCUCUGAAUUAAAUUGCACUUGACCCAGCCCAUCAGUGCCUUGUGUGCGCUAUUUCACCAAACCCACUUGUGCCUAACAAAAAUACCAAAACUUCAUAGCCAUGCCCACUGGCCUUGCGCAUAUGACUUAUGGCAUAGCACUGCGCUUAACGCUAGCGCUUUUAAAGGUGCACUCAGUAACCUUUUGUUUGUGCCAUCUUGGACUUACAGUGACACUUAGUGGCGUGGAUGUAGCAUCAUUCAAAAUCAAUAGUCUCAGUUACAGAUGCCAUUGUAGAAAUUCACUAUUCACAAUCAGCUAUGAUUAAUUUAAUCCAAGAGUGAAAGUGUCCAAUUCAAAAAAGUGUCCGGUUACUGAGAUUAGGCGAGUUGUAUUCAGCUGGUCUUGUGAUUCUAAAAUGUCAGCCCCAAUGAGGGCACCCCUGCCCCAUGUAGAAUAAAAUGGCUUUUAUAAUGUUACUGAUAUGACUAGAGCCCUCAUCUCUUGUGAGUGGUCAUGAUUUUAUAUAUAUUUUUCAAAAUUACAAUUAAUUUCUUUAGGAGUAAAACUUUUAAUGGGGAAAAAAAUACUGAGUGCACCUUUAAAAUAGCGCCCCUCGUCUGAUUACGAGACUUAUUUCACUCACUUUUGGCGCCCCCAGCUGGACAUUUCACUGCUAAACUGCAGCAAAACGUGUAAAAGGCAUGUUAUUUCGGUUUGCAAAAAUGUUGCCACUGUCACGUAAUGUUCAUGCGAUUGGGCUGAGAAGACCUCAAAACUAAUAGACACUAAAAGCCUCUAAACUCCAAUUUUGAUUUUGAAGUUGUCUAUAAAUUUUAUAAAUACAUGUUUUUAUGCUUCGUCUUGCAAAAUCUCAAUGCCUCCUUUAUGUUAAAAGUCAGACUGUCCCCUUUAAUACUUCCCCAUUUUACGCUCAUCCCGCAAGGUUAAAACAAACUCAUACCAUGCCAUUCAAACAGCCCUUUUUUCACACUCCUUUAUGGUUCCUCUAAAGGUCUUAGCUGUGCCGCAAAGGAGAGCUGUCACUGUGGAACCUGAGCCCAUUGAUGAACUGACAGCCAGUGCCAGAAUAUGAUCCUAAUCCUGUUCCCAGCAUUCUUUAACACACUGCCAUCGCAAUAACGCCACAUAUUCAAGCAGCUGUCAACUCACCAAAUCCCUAUGACGGUGAGCAACCCUGAUAGACAUCAAAGAGCUCAAGAGGACCUUAACAGCUUAACAACACACACACACAUAGGCAAUGCACCCAACCAAAAAAACUGCUCACAACAUGUUGUAUAAAACUGUGACAGCAGAAAUUCAACAUCUCACAUUUAAUCCUCCUGUUUUUGGGUCAUUUUUGACCCGGGACAGGUAAAGAAUACAUUAUAAAUACAACAUGGUUUUUGAUACUGGAACCAAAUGUUGUGACUUUGUCAAGACCAUCAAAACAAACAAAAUAAAAAAUAAAAUAAUUUUUUUGUAGAUAAUAGUUUAAGAGAAAUAACAAUUUAAAACAAAUUAUUCCUUCCAUUGUCUUAACGGGUCAAUUUUGACUCAUGUGAAGAACCAGUUGUGACCUUUCAGCUUCUGACUUUCUGGGUGUGAUACAGCUUUAAAUAGUUUUUUGUUCAUCUAUGAAUCCUAAUGACCUAAAAUUAUUUGACAUUUUCUCAAAUGUAUCCCCUAGCCCCACACUGUUCUCUAGCUCCCCCACCUGCUCCCCUGAGUAACGCAUCUUUCCCACAAAUUGCAUACUUUCCUCUCAAACAGGGUUUGUGCUCACAUGCACGUCCACACACCCAAACCCACACAGACAGAGUAUUUUAUUUUUAUUUUUUUUAUUUUUUUUACAGUGUUGAACAGGUAAUUUAUUAGUAAAUAAGUUUACUAACAUGACUGGGUACAAUGGGGCUAAUACCCCCCAAGGGGUUAAAAAAACAAAAACUAUUGGAUGUUAUUUUCUCCUAAAACAUUAGAUGCCAGAAAUAACUAUUACAGCACCUUCCUAAACCCUUGUAACAUUGCAACAAAUUGUGUUUUACAUUAGUGGGAAGGAAUGGAUUUGUUACAAUGGAUGUGCGAAGUGGGCUCAUUUUGACUGCUGGAAAAGACAAUAGAGAUUAAUUUGUGAAAUAGGCAUGUACUAAAAUUGUAACUAAAACAUACACUGUUACUAUUUUAUACUUGCAGAUUAAAUGAGAAAUUAAUGUAAUAUAGUUAAGAUAUUACAAAAUGCUUAAAGUGAUUGAAAUAAAUGUAAAUUGAGACAUCCUUGGCCAA